AUGCGUGUCCCAUCAUUACUGUCGCUGUGCCUUGCGGCUGGCUUCUCGCAGAUACAAGCACAAUACCUAGUUAGUGAGCUCAGCUUCGGCUAUGGCACAAGGAUAACGCCAGACAACACGAAGAACAUUCCACAUUUCUCAAUCCAGGGCACGCCAGCGCCGCCCGAAGUCCUCUCCAACAAGAUCAUCCUCACGCCGCCCGCGCCGGGCAACUCCCGGGCGGCGCUCUGGGGCGACCGAGACCUCAUGCACACGCAGUGGGUGGCGGACGUCGACUUCCGCGCCAACGGGCCCGAGCGCGGCGGCGGCAACCUGAACAUCUGGCUGGCGCGGGACGGGGCGUACGCCGUGGGCCAGGGCAGCAUCUACACGGUCGGGCGCUUCGAGGGCCUGGCGCUGGUCAUUGACACGCACGGCGGCACCGGCGGCAUGGUGCGCGGCUUCCUCAACGACGGCACCACCGACUUCAAGGCGCAGCAGGUCGACGGCCUCGCCUUUGGCCACUGCAACUACGCCUACCGCAACCUGGGCCGCCCCUCGCAGCUCAAGCUGCGCCAGACGGACAGCAACUUCCGCGUCGAGGUCGACGGCAACCUGUGCUUUGAGAGCGACAGCAUUGCCCUCCCUGGCGGGUACAGGUUCGGCAUCACCGCGGCUUCGGCGGACAACCCGGACUCGUUUGAGGUCUUCAAGCUGGUUGUGAUGACCGACAACCUCGAGGCGAACCAGGACAGCGCACCUCCAAUCCCUGGAGAGCAAGAACAGCAGCAGCAGCCUAUGCUGAAUCGCCAGAAGGACAACCGUCCGCCCACACGGUUCAGCCGCUCAGGGCUAGUCGUAGAACAAGACGUCUCCUUUGAGAAGGACAUGCCCGACCAAGACGCCAACGCCAUCACGAGCUCCAAGGCGCAAUUCGCCGACCUUCACAACAGGCUACAGAGCGUCAACCACCACCUGUCCACCAUCUUCCGCACCAUCGCGAACCAGGACAGCAUCGGCGAGAAGCGCCACGAGGAGCUGUCCAUCCAGCUCGGCGAGCUCAAGGGCCUGAUGACGAAGCUCGACAAGAUCGUCGAUCUGGAGUCGAGGAUGCAGAACUUGGAGAACGAGGUGCGCAGGGUCAAGGGCGACGUGUCGAGCAAGGUGAAGGAGUCGGAGCACGCGAUCAAGGGGCUGAUGAGCGAUACCCACGCCACGCUGCAGGACACGGUGAAGAAACAUGCCGCGCCCGGCCACAGCCGCCUCAUUUUUGUCAUCAUUGGCAGCCAGUUAGUGCUGGUCGGCGGCUAUUUCUUCUAUAAGAAGAGAAAGGGCGGCUCGCACAAGAAGUAUCUGUGA